GGAUUUUUGGAAGAUGGGAGUCACACAAAAUAAUACUGACAUGGAGGAGGGAUCAUUGGAAAUUGGCAUGGAGUACAGGACUGUGUCAGGAGUCGCAGGACCACUGGUUAUUUUGGAAAAAGUUAAGGGUCCUAAAUAUCAGGAGAUUGUCAACAUACGAUUGGGAGAUGGCACAACACGCCGCGGCCAGGUCCUGGAGGUUGAUGGGGAGAAAGCUAUUGUCCAGGUUUUUGAAGGAACAUCAGGAAUCGAUAACAAAUAUACAACUGUGCAAUUCACAGGAGAGGUUCUGAAAACUCCUGUUUCAAUGGAUAUGCUUGGACGCAUUUUCAAUGGAUCAGGGAGACCUAUUGAUAAUGGCCCUCCUAUAUUGCCUGAGGCCUACUUGGAUAUUUCUGGAAGUUCUAUCAACCCUAGUGAGAGAACCUACCCAGAAGAGAUGAUUCAGACAGGGAUAUCUACAAUUGAUGUCAUGAACUCCAUUGCCCGAGGACAAAAGAUUCCUCUCUUCUCUGCCGCAGGGCUUCCACAUAAUGAAAUAGCUGCUCAGAUUUGUCGUCAGGCUGGUCUUGUGAAGCGAUUGGAGAAGACAGAAAAUCUCAUGGAGGGUGGAGAAGAAGACAAUUUUGCCAUUGUAUUUGCAGCUAUGGGAGUAAACAUGGAGACGGCACAGUUCUUCAAACGCGAUUUUGAAGAAAAUGGUUCGAUGGAGAGAGUUACCCUUUUUCUAAAUCUGGCCAAUGAUCCCACUAUUGAGCGCAUUAUUACUCCUAGAAUUGCACUUACAACUGCAGAAUAUUUGGCUUAUGAAUGUGGGAAGCAUGUCUUAGUCAUACUAACAGAUAUGAGCUCAUAUGCAGAUGCUCUUCGUGAGGUGUCCGCUGCUCGAGAGGAGGUGCCAGGUAGACGUGGGUACCCUGGUUAUAUGUAUACUGAUUUAGCAACAAUAUAUGAGCGAGCUGGACGUAUAGAAGGACGAAAGGGUUCCAUCACACAGAUCCCCAUUUUAACCAUGCCUAAUGAUGACAUCACACAUCCCACUCCAGAUCUUACUGGUUACAUCACUGAGGGACAAAUAUACAUUGACAGGCAGCUCUACAACCGACAGAUAUACCCGCCAAUCAAUGUCCUUCCGUCUCUCUCACGAUUGAUGAAGAGUGCUAUUGGUGAGGGUAUGACUCGCCGCGAUCAUUCUGAUGUUUCCAACCAGUUGUAUGCAAAUUAUGCAAUUGGGAAGGAUGUUCAGGCAAUGAAAGCAGUGGUGGGAGAAGAAGCGCUUUCUUCCGAGGAUCUGCUCUACCUUGAGUUUCUUGACAAAUUUGAGAGGAAAUUUGUCGCUCAAGGUGCAUAUGACACCCGCAACAUCUUCCAAUCGCUAGAUCUGGCGUGGACGCUGCUGCGUAUCUUCCCCCGUGAACUUCUCCAUCGCAUUCCAGCAAAGACCUUGGAUCAGUUCUACAACCGAGAUACCACCACUCACUGAUGCUCGCUCGCUUUGUUUGACUAUCUGGUCAACCAAUUCACCAUGUCUUGUCCCUAGUAGGCUACAAUUCUGAUUGGAACCCGGCAUGAAUAAAUAGGUGGACACUUUUCAAAAGCCCCCACAAAAUCAGCUGUUUUUUGAGGUUUUCUAGUCACUAUUCUUUUAUUUGGCAGAAUCUGAGGUGUUAGUACUAUCUAGAUCUUGUAAUAUCCGUGUUUUAAAAUCUCCUAUGUUACCCUACUAGGGCAUGUUAUUACUUUUUUUAGCAUGUGUUGUGAUAUUUUUGGAUUUGUUGUAGAGAAAUUGCAUGCAAUCUAUGGUGGCGUGUUUGUGGUGACAGCA